AUGUACGCCGAGCAAGCCACCAAACUUGUCCUGGACGCCAAACGCCUCGCAUCACUCCCGCACCUGCCGCCGUACGCAACGACAACAGUGCGCUCAGUAACCAAGGAAGUGCGCGACAUCGAGCGGGAGAACAGCCGGCUCCUUGCCCAAUUCACCGCCGCCAGCACGCAGAGCAGCGAUGGCAGGCGCUUCGACCCCUCUAAUGACCCUGGCACGGCGGCCGCGCUCCUCGUGAACCAUCUCAGCAUGCGUCGGAACAAGCGCUGUCUGCUCGCCUAUCACCGCACCCGCACUAACAAGCUGGAGGAGAUGUGCUGGAAUGGGGCGGACGUGGCGGAACUGCAGACUAGUACUGUGCAAGUGUCUGCUGCUGGCGAGCCCAGACAUGCUACCACUGCGAGUAGUCUGAGUGCGGAGGAGGAACUCUACGCCCAUCAGUACAGCGAUUUGCUCGCGGCGUACAAAGGCCAAUGGACUGAUAUCGAUCUGACCGGCAGUCUGGAGCCACCAAAGGACAUCUUCAUUGAUGUGAGGGUGCUGAAGGACGCUGGUGAGAUUCAGACGGAGUACGGGUCUAUCACUCUUACGAAGAACAGCCAGUUCUAUGUACGGCAGGGUGAUGUGGAGAGACUGAUUCAGCAAGGCUAUCUGCAAAGAUUGAGCUAA